GGCUGCGGCCGGGCGGGCGGGCAGGUCGGGCCGCGCUCGCUCGGGGCCGCGCUCGGGGCCGCGCCAGCCCUUGGCCCCCGCGCUGCAGCCCCGGGCUGAGCGGGCGGAGCGGGCGGAGCGGGCGGACGGCGGACGGGGACCGGGCGGAGCCGGAGCGGCGGGCGGAGCCGGCGGAGCGCGGACGGACCCGCCCUGCCCGAGCAGACGUGGAACCGGAGGAACGCGCCCCAGGAAGGGGCCCAGCCUCCUCCGUCAGGAGCAAGCUCAGUGAUGUGCCUGUGUUCUGUUGACCGCAGACCGCACGCCAGCCACACAGAGCGCAGCACAGCUGCAGACCCUGAGCCUGGACACGCGAUGGCUUCCCUGGGGUGACUGCGCCCCACGGCUCUGCUGGCUCCACUUCUAGCUGCAUCGCCUCCAGUUCCCCAGGCAGUGCCCCGCGGCCCCGGCCAUGGACGCUGAAGACAGCGAGAACCUGAGUUCCAGCAGUGCAGGGGCCGAGGAGCCCUCGGGGCUGGGUGCCGGGCCCGCCCCUGAUGGCCGCGCCCCGGGGCCCUGCGAGGGCGCCCUGCUCUCCAACGGGGGUGGCAGGAAACGGGCCCUGGAGGAGGGGAGCAACGGCAGCAGCAAGUUCCGCCUGAAGAAGAGGAGGAGGGCGCCAGGGCCAGCGCUGCCCAAGAACGCGCUGAUGCAGCUCAAUGAGAUCAAGCCUGGGCUGCAGUACGCGCUGCUCUCGCAGACGGGGCCCGUGCACGCCCCACGCUUCGUCAUGGCCGUCGAGGUCAACGGGCAGGUGUUCGAGGGCUGCGGCCCCACCAAGAAGAAGGCCAAGCUGCACGCAGCCGAGAAGGCCCUGCGCUCCUUCGUGCAGUUCCCCAAUGCCUCGGAAGCUCACCUGGCCAUGGGCCGGACCCUGUCCACCACGACUGACUUCACGUCGGACCAGGCCGACUUCCCGGAUGCACUCUUCAAUGGCUUUGAGACGCCGGAACGCUCCGAGGUGCCCUUCUACAUGGGGGCUAACGGCGAGGACUCCUUUAGCUCCAGCGGGGACCUCAGCCUGGCCGCCUCGCCUGUGCCCGCCAGCCUGGCUCAGCCGCCCCUGCCCGUGCCGCCCCCCUUCCCACCGCCCAGCGGCAAGAACCCCGUGAUGAUCCUUAACGAGCUGCGGCCGGGCCUCAGGUACGACUUCCUGUCUGAGAGCGGGGAGAGCCACGCCAAGAAGUUCGUCAUGUCAGUGGUGGUGGACGGGCAGUUCUUCGAGGGCUCGGGCCGCAACAAGAAGCUGGCCAAGGCACGCGCUGCGCAGUCUGCCCUGGCCGCCAUCUUCAACCUGCACCUGGACCAGACGCCGUCCCGCCUGCCUGUGGCCAGCAAGGGCCUGCAGCUCCACUCGCCGCAGGUGUUGGCUGAUGCAGUGGCCCGCCUGGUCCUGGACAAGUUCGGGGAUCUGACGGACAACUUCUCCUCCCCUCACGCACGCAGGAAGGUCCUGGCUGGUGUUGUCAUGACUACAGGCACGGACGUGAAGGACGCCAAAGUGAUCAGCGUGUCCACGGGCACCAAGUGCAUCAAUGGGGAGUACAUGAGCGACCGCGGCUUGGCGCUCAAUGACUGCCACGCAGAGAUCAUCUCUCGCCGUUCGCUGCUCAGGUUCCUGUACGCCCAGCUCGAGCUUGCCCUGAGCAGCAGAGAGGACCAGAAGAAAUCCAUCUUCCAGCACUCAGAGCGCGGGGGCUUCCGGCUGAAGGACACGGUGCAGUUCCACCUGUACAUCAGCACCUCGCCCUGCGGAGACGCUCGCAUCUUCUCACCCCACGAGCCCAUUCUGGAAGAAUCGGCAGACAGACACCCGAACCGCAAGGCGCGGGGCCAGCUGCGGACCAAGAUCGAGUCUGGGGAGGGGACCAUCCCCGUGCACUCCAACGCCAGCAUUCAGACAUGGGACGGGGUUCUGCAGGGCGAGAGGCUGCUCACCAUGUCCUGUAGCGACAAGAUGGCACGGUGGAACGUGGUGGGCGUGCAGGGCUCCCUGCUCAGCAUCUUCGUGGAGCCCGUCUACUUCUCCAGCAUCAUCCUGGGCAGCCUCUACCAUGGGGACCACCUGUCCCGGGCCAUGUACCAGCGCAUCUCCAACAUCGAGGGCCUCCCUCCCCUCUACGUGCUCAACAAGCCCCUGCUCAGUGGCAUCAGCAAUGCGGAAGCACGGCAGCCUGGGAAGGCACCCAACUUCAGUGUCAACUGGACAGUGGGCGAUGCGGCCCUGGAGGUCAUCAACGCCACCACGGGCAAGGACGAGCUGGGCCGCUCGUCACGCCUGUGCAAGCACGCCCUGUACUGCCGCUGGAUGCGCGUGCACGGCAAGAUGCCCAUCCACCUGCACCGCUCCAAGAUCCUCAAGCCCGGCGUGUACCACGAGUCCAAGCUGGUGGCCAAGGAGUACCAGACGGCCAAGGCGCGGCUCUUCACGGCCUUCGUCAAGGCGGGCCUGGGCGCCUGGGUGCAGAAGCCCACCGAGCAGGACCAGUUCUCCCUCAGCCCCUGACCCGGACCGCGGACGUGGCAGCUCGGCGGGGCGUGGCGGGGCCGGCACGGGUGCGGAGGGCGGGCGCGCCCGCCCCGCUCCCCGCGGCCGGCGGUGAGUCAGUCCUCCCGCAGCUGCUUGACCCAGCCCCGGUAGGCGCCGAGUUCUACCGAGCAGAGCUUCCUUCGCGUAGGAGAGUAGGCGUCGCCGCGCGGCCGUGAAUAAAUAACUUAUUCGCAGCUAGGAACGUGGUUCCGAGCACAAGUGUUCUACCAGGCACUCGGGCACUUUACGGAGGAGAGUGAGGCAGCGCCAGCCAGCAUACCCGAGCCCGACCCAGCUCUCGCACAGCCACACAGCACAACGUAGGCUCCCCUCCCACACACGUGCGAGCACACACGUGCUCACACCCACACACACGCACACGUGCUCAGCUCCCAGAUAUGCACACACAGGCAUGUGGGUGCAGAUCUGCAGUAGGGCGCCGAGCACGGCGUCCCGGGACUCGGCCCGGACUCAGCCCACAACCUUCAGCUCCUUCUAGCUGCUUCUGAGCAGCUCUGGGCUUGGUCGUGGGUGUGGCUCGCUGGCCUCUGAGGUGUGGGCACAGUCACACGUGUUCUGACGGGUCUGAGGAGGCGGUCACUGAAACUCGGCGCUCCCGCCGCCCCUGCUCCGUGUGGAGGCAGAGGCUCAGGGCAGGUGUGGAGCAGGCGGUUGCUGGAGGCCGCAUUCCUGCGGCAGAGCUGGGAGGUGCUGGGCAGGAAGGGGUGUGGCCGGAGAGCCAGGGCUGCCCGUGCCCUGCAGCACACAGGCCCCGGGCAGGGGUGGGGAGGGUGGGGACCUGCACAUGUCCCCCAGUGCCUUGGGUUCACACUCAGGAAGGAGAGGAGCCGGGACUCGGCCCUGGUGAUGGGGGCGCUCCGCAGGAGGGCCUCUCACAGCUGCGUGCCGUUGCAGGGGCCAGGGCGACCCUCGGUGGCAGUCGGCCUGUCGCCACCCCCACACAGGGGCUGCCGGGCCAGGCUGGUGCUGGGCGCCUGCUGAGGGUCGUGUGUCCCGUGGUGCUCAGGAAGGGUGUUUCCUUAGUAGGUAGGGAGGUGGCUGUGUUUCGGGAGAGCGAGUGGGUCGCGGUGGCAGCUUUCUGGGGGACCCUCACCCCUCCUGCAUGGAGCCAGGGCUUAGCUUCUGCAUCCCGCAUGGAGGUGUCACUUGAGGAACUUGAGCCGCACAGCCACCGUGCCCAGGCCAGUCAGGUGGAGCAGUCGGGCCAGACCCAGGAUCGUGAAGCACCGGGUGUGGCAGCCACCCCGCCCGAGAGCGCCACCUACUGAGGACUGGGACUGUGGGAUGCCCGGGCUGUCCUGGCCACAGUCCAAGCGUCUGUCCCACUGCUGCUGGGUGGCUGUGAGCCGCUCGUGCCACUCUGCUUGUCGCUUCCUGUUUUGGAGUUUUGUUGUAAUCAAAGGUGAAUUGUUUCAUUUGGACUGAGUCUCCCCACAAGCGUCUAGUCUCCGAAUUCUGUGUCUGCACACGGCUGCUGGCCGUGCUGUGGCCACGCUCCUUGUCUGGACUGUCCCCUUUGUGGCAGGGGAGGCCGGGGUCUGUGGCCAGCACUGUGUGGACCUCUGUCCCCCGCACACGGGUCCCCGGCUCUGAUCACUGAGCAUGUGACCAGCCAAGCUUCCAGCGUCGGUGGAGCCGGGCCAGCCCCACGUCUCGGGGGGCCUGGGAUCAAGUGUGCACUCGCCGGCAGCCACACCUGGGGCUGGGCGCAGGGAGCUGCCGCAGCUCCUCCCAUCUUGGGGCUGGAGUCUGCAGUCCAAGUCCGGACGCAAGCACUGAUGGACCGUCCAGAGUCCCCGGCGCCCACCCAGUCCCCACGUGUCCCUGGUAACGCCACGCUCACCACCGCAUGAGCUUGCCCUCGCCCACAGCCGGACGAGCAUGAGACGCUGUCCCCCUAGACAAAAGACGCGAGUGUCCUCAAUAAAGCUCACCGUUCA